AUUACUUCGUUCAUUUUGCUGUCGAGAAAUCUUAUUACGAAUUUGCGAUAAUUUUAUAACCAAACAAAUCGUUAUAGAUACUUUUAUGCAUAAAAUGCGCAUUUAAUUACAUAAUGUUCCAUAAUUUAGUAAAACGGUUUCCAAUCAAACAGAGUUUGAGGCUACAUAAAGCCUCAUUUCUAUUACAAACAAGAAAUAUAAAUAUCACAGGAGUAUUAAGACAUGGAGAAUACGAAUGGCAAGAUCCUAAAUCAGAAGAUGAAGUUGUAAAUGUAGUAUAUAUUGAUAAAGAUGGCAAGAGAACCCCUGUGAGAGGUAAAGUCGGAGAUAACGCUUUAUAUUUGGCUCACAGAUAUGGUAUUGAAAUGGAAGGAGCGUGCGAAGCAUCUCUAGCAUGUACCACAUGCCAUGUAUAUGUACACCACAAAUACAUAGACAAACUGCCUCCUUCUGAGGAGAAAGAAGACGACCUGCUAGAUAUGGCACCAUUUUUGAAAGAAAAUUCUAGAUUAGGUUGCCAAAUUACAUUAACCAAAGAGCUAGAAGGUAUAGAAUUAGAAUUACCAAAAGCUACAAGAAACUUUUAUGUAGAUGGCCACAAACCGACACCACAUUGAAAGAAUGAUUUGUGAAUAGUCUACCGUAACAGUUCCAGAACAUGUUAAGUUUAUUAUUAUUUUUUUUAAUAGAGAUUGUACUUCCUUCUCUGUGCUUUUUAAAUAAAAAAAAUAUUGUAUGAAAUACAGUAAUUCCCAAACUACUAAAGUAGUUUGACGAAUAUUAUCAAGUACAAUUGUUUUUAUUGUAUAUAAUGAUUAUAUAACAUAGCUAAGAAAUCUUUUUAGUUUUAGUGUCAGUUGUAUAAAUGUACAAAAGAACAAAAAGAAAUUAAAGAAAUAAAUAGGCUUAAGUUUUUUAAUUUAAAUAUUCAUCAGUCUCAUCAUCAUCAUAAUCACAAGUCAUCUUAAUUUCAUUUACGGUUAUAACAAUAAUGAUUACUUAUAGCAAAAUAUUUCUCCUAUGUCAAGAAAGUUCUUAUUGUACCUGUGCUACAUAAUUAUCUUCAUUAUCAUCUAGUUUAUCAUAUUUAUAUCUUAUCAUAACAUCAUUAUAGUGAUAAGUUUCUCAUCACAAAGAAACAAAAAAUCCAAACAAUUUUUGUCAAAAGUUUGCGGUCAACUUUUUGAUGUCAGUUACCAUCAAGCAUCAGCUUUGUAGUCAUAGAAUUCCUCAAAUGGCUGUCAAUGUGCUUCUUUAAAGAUUGUUUAUAAACAGUUUUAUAACUACAUUUAUCACAAUAAAGCAUAUUUUCUUCUUGAAAA